AGUACAGAGUUCUGGUUUAUAUAACCCAAGGAUGAGCUACCUACCAUUGGCUACAAUAACAACCCAGCUAAUUAACGACUCAACCCAAAUUAACCUGAUCAACGACUAAUUAACCCACUGCACACGUGCAUAGCACAUGACACAUAAUGAACUCUCCUACUCGGAACAAGAAUGCCUAUUUAAGCCUAUUUUCAUAACAUGAUAUUUGGGUCCAAGGGUUGGAGAUAACCCUAGAGGGAAAAUACGACUUCAGUCAUGCGCCUGUGACACCACUCAGCGGCGGCGUACUAUAGCAGAAUGACGUCAGCCGCUCGUGUGAGGGACACAUCCGGUAUUUUAAUCUUGGAAUUGAAAAUUCCAAGACAAGCUCUCUUCCCGCGCUCCCAAUUCCCUCAAAUUUUCUAGGGUUCUCUCUCUCUCUCUCUCUCAAAAAAAAAAAAAAAAGUUGCUAGGGUUUCCCUAUUUAAACUCCCACCUCUCCAAAACCUCCCACUCUAUCGACUCAACCCUCUCUCAUUCCCGGCCAACCAAACCCUUCAGUUUUCCGGCGAUGAACGCGAGGCUAACGGAGGGGGCGAUACUGAAGAUCAAGACGGAGUUUGUUGACGACAACUAUAAGCCUAUCCUGCAAGUGAUCGACUUGAAGCAGAUCCACACACAGCGCGGCGGCGGCUGCGGCACUGAGUGGUACAGGCUGGUCAUAUCCGAUGGGUCCCACACCGCGCAGGGGAUGCUGGCCACUCAGCAGAACUUCCUGGUUCAGCAAGGCCACCUUCAGAAGGGCUCCGUUGUCCGCCUGAAUCAAUUCACCUGCACCACCGUCCAAGGCCGCAAGAUCAUCAUUAUAAUCUCAUUGAAUGUGCUAGUUGAUAAAUGUGAUAUCAUUGGACAGGCUGCCAGAUUUUCGAAUGCACAAUCCCCACGGACAAGACUUGUAGAUCAAACAACUGUGACAAUUAUAAGCGAACCCUACAGUCUUCCGGCGAUGAACGCGAGGCUAACGGAGGGGGCGAUACUGAAGAUCACGAUGGAGUUUGUUGACGACAACUAUAAGCCUAUCCUGCAAGUGAUCGACUUGAAGCAGAUCCACACACAGCGCGGCGGCGGCUGCGGCACUGAGCGGUACAGGCUGCCCAUAUCCGAUGGGUCCCACACCGCGCAGGGGAUGCUGGCCGCUCAGCAGAACUUCCUGGUUCAGCAAGGCCACCUUCAGAAGGGCUCCGUUGUCUGCCUAAAUCAAUUCACCUGCACCACCGUCCAAGGCCGCAAGUAUGUGCUAGCUUGUCCUUCCUUUUGGAAAUUUGAUGCUUUUGGUCAAGUUUAAUUGAUGCGUAUUUCGUUUGGGAGUUCGUAUGAUUGAUGGAAUUGAGAGAAAAGGCUAGCUAGGGUACUGAAGCUGUGUUUUAAUUUAGAAUUCUGGAGU